AUGACUUCCAUGAGUGGGUUACUGGAGCGGAUACGAAAAUCACUGGUGCUCGAUCACAAAUAUUGGACCGGGAAGAGGAAAAGAGUAAUAAAACUAAUUUUGGACUUUAUGUUGUUCGCUCUUUUACGACCGUUAGUCAGGCUGAUUGUCUCUUUUGUCUAUUUAUUAAUAUGGCACAAAUUAUUUACCAGCUGGCACAUAGAGCCACUGGGUUGGCUCCGUUUCGCUUUCGAGUCGUUGGAAUCAAGCUCCAGCUGGACUGAAAGUUCCUUCGAGAUCAAUGUGCUGCUGGAAUCUUCGGCGGAAGCACAAACACCCCUUUCAGAUUUGCGAGCGCAAAACUCCGAUGUGGAGGCGGAGCUCUUUGCGCGUAUACGGGCCCUGGAAUCCCAACUAGCUCAUGGGAUACCGCCACAACUCAACCCUGGAGAGUAUGAAAGCCUAGUACGGGAAAAUUUGGAUAACUCCAUUAAUCUAAAUCAUUACCGGAACAGCCUCUCCAACGAGUUCUUUGAACUCCAAAUACUAGAAUUCAAAGUACGCUUACAAGAUCUACUGUUCCAAACCAUGUUGAGCGAACCCAGACUCGAACAUAUUUUGAAUGUUUCACCUUACAACGAUAUUCGCGCGGAGGCAUUCGACUUUAUCGAGUCUAAGGUCGAACCUGUAAAUGAUAUGCGACAUAAUUUUUCAAAAAACAUCUUGGACGGAAGUCUGAGGUACUAUAUCAAGGACAUGGAACAAAAGGGAAGCCAGUCCUUGAUAUAUCGAGCAUUCUAUUCGCACUUCACUGACGAGGAAUUCCGUCGGUUGAUCGACCCAAACCUCCGUAAUCCUCAUCGGUGA